CCAGAGAGAACGUCCGUCGUUCGGUGUUUCGAAAGGAAAAAAGUUUGAUUCGGACGAGAAUUUUAGCAGAAAUACUGCCGUCUUUACGUUAGUUAUUUUAAUUUUAGGUGAAUCUUCAUUUAAUACAUCAUGGGUAUUUUGGAAAAAAUCUCUGAUAUCGAGAAAGAAAUUGCUAAAACUCAAAAAAAUAAAGCCACCGAGUACCAUCUCGGUUUACUGAAAGCAAAACUUGCUAAGUACCGAUCCCAGCUGCUAGAGCCCUCGAAGAAGGGCGAAAAAGGAGAUGGAUUUGAUGUUUUGAAAUCCGGUGAUGCUAGAAUUGCCCUCAUUGGUUUUCCGUCUGUCGGUAAGUCCACCCUGCUGUCUACGCUGACCAAGACGGAAUCGGAAGCGGCAAACUACGAGUUCACUACGUUAACCUGCAUUCCGGGUGUGAUCGAGUACAAGGGUGCCAACAUACAACUGCUCGAUUUACCGGGUAUCAUCGAAGGUGCCGCUCAGGGAAAAGGUCGUGGUCGGCAGGUUAUCGCCGUGGCACGUACGGCGGAUCUGGUGCUGAUGAUGCUGGAUGCUACGAAGCCGAACGUGCACCGUGAUUUGCUUGAGUACGAGUUGGAAUCGGUCGGACUAAGAUUGAACAAGCGAAAACCGAAUAUUUACUUCAAGAUUAAGAAGGGAGGCGGUGUGAGCUUCAACUCGACAUGCCCUCUGACGAGGUGCAACGAGAAGAUGGUGCAAACAAUUUUACAUUCGUUUAAAAUUUUCAACGCUGAAGUUCUGUUUCGUGAAGACUGCACGGAGGAUGAGUUUAUCGAUGUGGUUUCGGGUAACAGAAUCUAUCUGCCGUGUAUCUACGUCUACAACAAAAUCGAUCAGAUUUCAAUCGAGGAGGUGGACCGACUGGCUCGCCAGCCUUUCAGUGUCGUAGUCAGCUGUAAUAUGCAUUUGAAUUUGGAUUAUCUGCUGGAGGUUCUCUGGGAACAUCUGAUGCUGAUAAGAGUGUACACGAAAAAGCCUGGUGCACCCCCGGAUUUCGAUGAUGGGCUGAUUUUAAGAAGGGGAGUCACUGUGGAGCAUGUUUGCCACGCUAUUCACCGAACGUUGGCUGAUCAGUUCAAGUACGCACUGGUGUGGGGAACCUCUACCAAAUAUUCACCGCAACGAGUCGGAAUUUCCCACGUAAUGCAAGACGAGGAUGUGAUCCAGGUGGUUAAAAAAUAAGCAAAAGUUCACAACCUUCUUCCGUCAUCGUCAGUUGUUGGUUCGUUCACUGCGAGGCUGACCGUUUGAUUGUUCGGUGCGUCGAGUUGUAAGUACCGUUGCCCUAAUUUUUUGGUUUAAUAUGAGACAUCUAGCAGAAGCAAUUACUUGUGACUAUUAAAAUGAUACCUUUAUUACUCAAAA